AUGAUGCGAUUCGCAUGCUCUCAACUCGUCGUUGAACGCCUCGAUCCUCUUGUCAACCCUGGUGUAAUAGGCUCUCCGCACGUUCACCAAAUUGUUGGAGGAAACUCCUUCAAGCCGUCCAUGACUCCAGUCAAUUAUGAUCUUCCUUCUCGAUCGAACUGCACCAGCUGUACUUUCAGUGAAGAUUUCAGCAACUACUGGACCGCGGCUGUGUAUUACCGAGCAAGAAAUGGAACUUUCAAACGUGUCAGCCAAUUUCCCAAUGGAGGACUCACGCAAAAUGGAGGAAUCACAGUCUAUUAUAUCCCACCUUAUGAUGGAGUCAGUAAUGUUACCGCGUUUAAACCGGGUUUCCGUAUGCUCGCAGGAAAUCCUGUGCUCCGCAAUACAACAGGAGAGUCUCGAGGCAUCUGCCAUCGCUGCUUCGAAGGCGACAACUUCACGCCCUUCGGCGGACCACCUUGCACCGGGAAUGACACGACCAGUUUCCCUACUCACUUCUGUCCAGGUGGUAUCCGUAGCACGAUUACCUUUCCCACGUGCUGGGAUGGCAAGAAUCUUGAUUCUCCCGACCACCAAAGCCAUGUUGCAUAUGCUACGAUCCCAUUCGAGCCAUAUGUAGAUCCUAUUAUUGAUACGAACACUACCCUAACACCGGCUAUGGGUAGAGGAACGUGCCCUGAUACACAUCCCGUUCAUCUUCCGCAGUUGAUGUAUGAGGUUAUGUGGGAUACGAGACCAUAUAACAGCAAGGAACUUUGGCCUGAAGAUGGGAGCCAACCUUUUUCGUAUUCGACCGGAGACCCAUCUGGUCAUGGUCAGCAUGGAGAUUACAUGUUUGGGUGGAAAGGCGAUGCUCUGCAGCGUGCUUUAAACGCUCGCUGCUCAAAUGAUGUCUGUAAGGAGCUGGUCUCACAAACUCCAGAAGCUGCCAUGAAUUGCACGAUUCCACAACUUAUGAAAGAAGAUGUUGAUGGAGAUGAUUGGUUACCAACUCUUCCAGGUGGCCUCAUGAUCAAUUGAACAAAGGUCGCUUCCGCUUGAUCUCGU